AUGUCGAAUAGGAUGAAAGCCACGGAAUUUCCUGGAGGACUGAAGACGAAAGGAGACAUAACUGAUAGCUAUAGUUCUGAUUUUCUGAUAAAAGUUUCCAGCAUGUACAUGAAACUGAUGCAUGAGAGCAGAAGCCACCUGAAAUUAUAUCCGUGGAGGAAGCAACAAAACAUUAUUACGCGACUUCUUUCUGAUACAAGAAUCACAGCUUUGUCACGCUUUGAGCUAAGAAGGGAAUCAUUGAAGCGAGCCUGCGCUCAAUUUAGGCGACCUCUUACGGAGAAAGAGAAGAAACUUUUGUACGCCACAAUGGUGGUGGACGAUAAACACCGACUCAUUUGGUGUCCUGUCAGAAAAUCCGGCACAACAUCCUGGCGUAGCAUGAUGCUCCUUCUGGCGGGAAGGUUUUCGGACGUAAAAGAGGCUGUAAACCACGCCUUGCACCACGACUUCCAGUAUCUAACGCGCUUGAGUAAAAAGUAUCACAGCAAUGCGGAUAUCGAGUGGAGGUUGAAGAACUACACGAAAUUCAUGUCGUACAGAGAGCCUCUUCAACGAGUCGUUUCCGACUACAGACAGAUCAGAUUGCAUAAAACUGCAGGUCAAAAAAAAGUUUGCAAAUGGGUUGUACAGUACAACAAGCGUCUCAAUCAAGGAAAGAUUAGACGGGAUGCUCGGAACAACAUCAGCUUUCCUCAUUUUGUCAAUUACAUUACUCGUUUCUAUGGCAGUAAAGAAAAGUAUUUAGAUCUUAACAUUCAUUGGAGACCAAUCAACUUGAUUUGCCAUCCUUGUCACAUUGAUUAUGAUUUCCUCGUUGACAUGGAUAGUACUGGUCUUGCUGAGGAAUCAGAUUAUCUCCUCAAAUCUGUUGGAGCUCCCUCUUGGCUGCAUCUGCCGCACGACAAUAAAUCGGGUAACGAAACAAAGUACAGCUUUUUCUCUCAGCUUUCGACCGCUCAGUUUCAACGUCUUCGUGAUCAAUACGACGACUACGAGAUAUUUGGAUAUCAACGUCUCAAUCAACAUGAAUAA